CACGUGAAGGGUGGGUGACGGCAGGUGGUUUCUGGAGGAGAAGGCAUUUUCCAGCGUGCCGCGGAGGUGUUCGGGAGACGACCGGGGACCCCGGGGGCGGCAGCUCCCCUCUCCCUGCAAAUUCUCUCGUCAGGUUAGAGGGUUUGUUUUUAAAAUUGUUCGAGGACUGAAGUAUUUCCACUUAGCUGGAAGAGAAGAGCUUUUUACCCACCUCGGGCGUAUUCUUUUCAAAAGCCUCUUUUGUCAAAGCGUGACUUGGCUCUUACAUUGCAUCUUUUGCAGCUGAGGCUCUGAAAUACUGGAGGACACUGCAUCUUCCUCAGGGACACGGACAAGGGAGAGCUGGAGCCUCUGGGGAGCUCAGAAAGGAAUUGUAGUUGGUGGUCGCCUGAGGAGCUUACCUUCAUACCAAUGUUGCUCUGAAACGAGUUGUGUUCAACAUUCAGGUUUGGUAAGAUGCCUCAGGAACAGUACGCGCACCGGAGCACCAUGCAGACCUCGGAAGGACCCCAGGUAUACAAAGUGGGGAUUUAUGGCUGGAGGAAGAGAUGCCUCUAUUUCUUUGUGCUGCUCCUAAUGAUUUUAAUCCUGGUGAACCUUGCUAUGACCAUCUGGAUUCUGAAGGUUAUGAACUUCACAAUUGAUGGAAUGGGGAACCUGAGAAUCACAGAAAAGGGUCUAAAGCUCGAAGGAGAUUCAGAAUUCUUGAAACCUCUCUACGCCAAAGAAAUCCGGUCAAGACCAGGCAACCCACUGUACUUCCAGUCUGCCAGAAAUGUGACAGUGAACAUCCUCAACGAGAAGACUAAAGUCCUUACUCGCCUUGUAACAGGUCCCCAAGCAGUGGAAGCACAUAGCCAAAAAUUUGAGGUGAAAACCCUCUCUGGAAAAUUGCUGUUUUCUGCAGAUGACAACGAAGUGGUGGUUGGAGCAGAGAGAUUGAGAGUUUUAGGAGCAGAAGGCACAGUGUUCCCUAAAUCUAUAGAAACUCCCAAUGUCAGGGCAGACCCCUUCAAGGAACUAAGACUGGAGUCGCCUACGCGCGCGCUGGUGAUGGAGGCUCCAAAAGGCAUCGAGAUCAACGCCGAGGCCGGCAGCUUGAAAGCCACGUGCAGGACAGAGCUCAAGCUGGAGUCCAAAGACGGAGAGAUAACGUUGAAUUCUGCAAAAAUCAAACUACCUAACUUGCCUCAAGGAUCUUCCUCUUCUGCAGGGUCCAGGCAAAAAAUCUACGAGCUCUGUGUGUGUCCCAAUGGGAGGUUAUUUCUGUCUCAGGCAGGCACUAGCUCGACCUGCCAGAUAAAUACAAGCGUCUGCUUUUGAGAGACAAUUUGCAGUGGGGCAUCGCAGGCAGCACAAAAGCCAGUUCUGGUCUCACAGAUUGCAGCUGCCAACUAUUUUUAUUAGAACACAGAAAGCCUAUCAAAGACUUUUUUUGUGUGUGCGCGCGCGUGUGUGUGAAUAUAUAUAUAAAAAUAUAUAUAUAAAAUAUAUAUAUCCUCUGUGUAAAAUGAUGUUUCAGUACAAGGAAUCCCAGGGUGACCCUGUUACAUUUGUGUAGCAUUUCUUUUUCCCACACCAAAAUUUACUGGUACAAUCUGCUGAAUUGGAUUUGAUGCUCCCCUGGACCCUUCUGUAUUAAUAUAGUCUAAUGAUCACCCCUUGGUUUUGAUCAUGUUCUCAGAGCAUUGGGGUUGCUGGCUGGGCAAGACCCUGGAACCAAUGUAGACCCACCAACAUACAAAGGGGAGAGAAGCCUCUCUGAUUAUUUUUGCACCAUUAAAUCAGUGGCAUGAAAAAAAAGAAAAAAAAACCAAAAAAACCAACAAAACAGCGAGAUGUGCUGUACUGAUCACCUAAGAGUGAUCCAAGAUACCUAAGGUUAAAUUAACACUCUUUCAUUUUCACCUGAAGCACAGCUCCCUGAUGGGAGAGAUGGAUUGCGCUUGGCCAGUAGAAAAGUCCAGAUCUUCUUGCUGGAAUAAUCGUGUAUUUUUCUGAAGGGGUUUGAGACUUGCCUGUGCAUGGGCAAGGAUGCCUUGUGCUAUUCAGAUGUGACACAUCAGCUCUAACCCUAACCUAAAGUCAUCUCUGUGCUAACAAAACUGGCAUUGCAUUCAGUUCUUGGAAGGAAAAAAGUUGUGAAAGUUGGACUAAAUAGAAAAAUCUUGAACCUCCUUAGUUAACAGGUGUCUUGGAUCACCCUACACACUCUCCAUUAGCACCUUUAACUUUGAAAAGAUUUGGUGUGAAGGUGUGAAGAUUUAAGAUUUGGACAAUGCUUAUCAAUACCUACAGAAACAGAGAAAAUUACCUAUUCUACCCAUAGAAACAGAGAAAUUCACACAAAUUACGUGUGUAAUGUAGAUGCUAUGCCAGAAUUUUUGUCAUCUUUCUUUUCAGGAUACACAGUCCCAGGUCACUUAGAUUUGGUGGAGACUGCAAAUAUCAGAGAUGCUGACAAAGAAACAGACUUUUUUAAGGAUUUAUAAAGAUUGUGACAAAGCCAGAUUACUGGAAAGCAAGGGUUUUGGAUGCUGGUUCCUCUAGAAUCUGAGCCCCAAAAACUCAGUGGUUGAAUCUUCUCAUGGUUGCAUUUUUCCUUAUUUUAAAGUCUAGAGUCAUUUACGGGCAGGAUAAAACACAAAAUCUGAUCUGGUAAUGUUACGUCCACUGUUCAAGUUUUGAAAAAUAACAAGAAAAGCCCAGAUCAUUGAAUUCUGACCCAUAAUUGCAUCCACAUGCAUAUAAAAAUCCUUGAAAAAAAAAAAUACCAAUUACGGCAAAAGUAUCCAAGUCACAGUAAAUCUCACGAGGACAGCAAGGUUUCUAAGCCACUGAGAUACUUUUGAAAAUAUUACCUCACGUGCAAAUAUGACAGAUCUGUGCCCAUCCCUAGUGAUAUCUAAGCAAGGCUGGUAUUCUUCAAGCAAUCUUCAAGAUAAAAUGUAGCUGACAGAAAUCUUUACAAAUAAUUUAGCCCAUUCCUUUUUUACAGAUUUCCACAUAUUUUCUUGUGGUCUGGAGAGUACCAGGGUUUGAUUUUAUUUUUUUUCUUAAAUGAACAAUUCUGGCUUAAUCCAAAACUGACUGGACUCAAAGGAAAGAUUUCUAUGGAGUUUAGAUUAGAUGUGUUGCUGCCUAACAAAGCAGCACUUCCAUAAAAUUUAUUCCUGAAAGAGGAUUUAAUGAUCUAUUUUUAUUUCAGUAAUGCUUUCCGAUUAAUUAACGAAUUCAAACUAUUUGUUAAUGAAUGAUUCCUGUAAUUAUUAUGUCUUGAGUCAACAUUUGAAUGCAAAGGGUCACCCAGGAUAACAAUUGUAUUGGGACACAGGACUAUACCAUCUCUGUUCAAAGAGGGGAAUUGUGCCUAUGCCUUAAGUCAAUGCACUCAGCAAGGAGAAGCACAUCAUAUUUAUCUUGUUAUUAAAACUAGUUUAUUUGGGGGGGAGGGGCAGGAGGGUGUCUUGGGAACUGGUUGUGCAAAUUAAAACAGAUAUUAAUGAAAUGCAUUAAGACUGUAGGGGCACCUAGAGUGAUACAGACUUUUUUUUUACCAUUUUAAAUAUAGCAAAAUACUGUGUACGUUACCUCUGGGACCACAACUGAAGUCCCGUUCAUAGUCCUACAUUUACUGCAGAAUUUUUUUUUCCCUGUUUCAUUUAAUACCAAUCACAAACCUUAUAGCAAGCACGGCCCAGCUCAUAAACAAAUCCCAUCUGAGCAGUUGUGAAGACACGUGCUGCAGGAAGAGUACCCUGUACAGAAAACGAGUCACAUUAACUUUUCCGUCCCUGAGAGUAUUAAUGUCGGUGAGAAAGGCAAGGACUGACCCAGCAGGGAUGCUGCAUCCAUUUCCAUGCUCUGCUCCCAAGAGGCCGGUGGCUCAGUCCUCAUCCCAGCGCACCCUUUGGCUGCUCUGCUGAGGAUUUCCGUCCCAGCAAAUUAAUUUUGAGUGGCUGGUCUUCUCAGCUGGGGUCUUGGAUGAGGUUAUCACCUUCUCAUAUCACGAAGGCCGUGAAACUGCUUAAGGGCAUUCAGCGAUUUAUUUUGGUAUGAAUUUCCACGGGGGAGCUGUUAGGGAACAACCUUACACAUCUGUGCCAUCCCUGCAGAUGCUUCUCUGAGGUGAACAAAGGGUACCUGAAUUAUGUCUACACAAAGGAAUUCUAGUUGCUUCAAUGCAUUUUACAAUCCUGUUUCCAUCUUAAGCAUAAACUUAUAUGUUGUGUUGAAAGACGAGGAAUUGUUGCUAGAAAGAUUGAACCCUUAUAGAGACUUGUAAAUCAUCUGAGCCCCACUUGACUUUUAAGACAGCAGUUUAGAUGAUGCUGCCUGCGCUUGUGUUGGCCACAUGAUUAGUCCCCUGCUGUUCAGUGAGUGGCAAACCAGAGCAAACAGGACUGCGUGUCCAAGAUCCUAGGGGGGGGAAAAGAGCAUUUUGUUUAAAAAGCAGCACGCAGACACAUCCAGCUAUCUCGUACUUUGUUGUUGGGGGCUGUUGCGGAGUGACUGACUCACCUGUUGGACAAGACAAACGCACGAGAGUCCAUUUUCCUCCUGCCUUGCCCAGAAAUCCCUCACAGUUGCUGUACCUGUACGGGUUGGUUCUCCCUGAGUCCAUUUAAAUUAGAGCCUCCCUGGCUGGAAUUUCACGCGUAUGCUCUACCUGCCAUCGAUAAAAUGCCAAAAACGAAGAAGGGUUUGUGUAUUUCUUUGUGAAUCGGGCCUGCAGUUUAGUUCAAUUGAGCAUUUGCUUUUGGGGGACAUGGCAUUUAUCUCAAACCAGAGUUUAGUUUUACCUCCCAACACUAAGGCAAAGCUGGGGUGGAUGGUGAAUUGAUUUCUACUGAGCUCAGUGGAAGAGAUGCCGAUGACUUCGUGGCCUGAGCUGGGACAGGAGCUGGACAGGUGACAGUUCAGGGCACCGAGGGCAGUGGAAACACUGCCAGCCCUUGGGGUGGCUGCGGGACCGAACCCUGACUCGGCACUGCGUGCAGCUCUGCAUUGCAGCUGUGAGCACUAAAACCCCACUGAAAUGCUCACCGAGGGACUGUGAUACUAAUGUCAAUACACCUUAGGCAACCAUGAAUGCUGCAGGAUUCAGAAAUGAGUUUAUGUAUUGUAACUCUUAACUUCAUAGGGCUUCAGGACUUUCUUAAAUUUGCUUAAAUGCGACACUUCAGUAAGCAGUCAGGAAAAUGACUGUCAGUGCUCACCUGUACGCCAGUACCUUAUCCGUAUGUAGUGUAUGAUCCCUCUGCUGGCAUAGGUGAGUUAGGAUGUUUUUUCUAGAGCAAAAAGACUUUGCAAUUAGCAAAAGCAGAGAUCCUGAUACUGACUAUACAACUGUAUCCAUUCCCCAAGUUUCUUUGUGGUUUUUUGGGGGUUGGUUUUUUUUUCAGUUACACUUUUUGAAGUAUGUUACCCAGUAGUCAGUGAAAUGGGUAGCUUAAGAGUACAGAGAAAUGUUAACACUAAAGGAAGUCAUCAAAAGGGGAAGCCGGUAACGAUGUAUAAGCCCUCUCCUAGGUAUACGUUUUUAGAAAACUAAGCAUGUGCCACAGUGAUUUGUAUUUGGUUAUCUCAGUCAUGUGCUGUCAAACAGCUGUAUUUUAAGAGGGGUUUUUUUUCUCCUUUAAUCAUAAAUGUCACAUUGCACAAACAAAAAAGUUUAAGGCAUAAGCCUAAAAAUACCAUCUGCAAUAUACGGUAUAGCAAAAUGAUGUCUAAAUAAAAAAACCCUCCCCAGAAAUUGCUCCAAGGUUAAAGAGAGAUUCCUGUGAACUUGUGAAGAUGUCAGGUUAGUUCACAUCAUACCUAGUUUGCAAAUACAGAUGUUCUUAAAGGAAGUUAGCUUUUGUUGUCAUAAGAUGCGCACACACAUAUAUACACACACACACACUUACGUACACUUGUUUACAACAAAAGCCAAUUUUCUUUUAUUUGUUGUUAUGGCUUUAAGUUUCACAUUGCAAAAGAGAGUGGGACAAAGACCAAAGACUUACAGAAAUUCAUCCCUUUUCUGAUUGCCCUCACGCCUGAAAUGAGUUAACUUUAAUGGUGCUUUUUUUGAACUGGGCAGGAAAAAUACAGGUUUAUCGUAAAGCUGCAUUUGAGAGAGUAAAAUGGCAGGAAGACUCUCACUUCGUUAAUGGGCAGAAAAGGAAAUAAUGUCAAAAAUCUUUAAGUGUGUGCAGAGGGCAAGGUUACCUGAAA